AUGACCGAGACCACCAAGACCCACGUUAUCCUGCUGGCCUGCGGCAGCUUCAACCCCAUCACCAAGGGCCACAUCCAGAUGUUCGAAAGAGCCCGGGAUUAUCUGCAUAAAACAGGAAGGUUCAUUGUCAUUGGUGGAAUUGUCUCGCCUGUACACGACUCCUAUGGGAAGCAGGGCCUGGUCUCCAGCCGACACCGCCUGACAAUGUGCCAAUUGGCUGUCCAGUCCUCUGAUUGGAUCAGAGUGGACCCCUGGGAAUGUUACCAGGAUACCUGGCAGACUACUUGCAGUGUACUCGAACACCACCGGGAUCUGAUGAAACGAGUGACUGGCUGCAUCCUCUCUAAUGUCAACACACCAUCCCUCACCCCAGUGAUUGGACAGCCCCAGAAUGAGUCACCACAACCUAUCUAUCAGAACAGCAACCUUUCCAACAAGCCCACUGCAGCAAAGUUUUUGGGGAAGGUGGGAGAGAGCCUCAGCAGGAUUUGCUGCGUUCGCCCACCAAUGGAACGUUUCACUUUUGUGGAUGAAAAUGCAAAUCUGGGGACAGUUAUGAGAUAUGAAGAGAUUGAGCUUCGAAUCUUGCUGCUUUGUGGCAGUGACUUGCUGGAAUCUUUCUGCAUCCCAGGGCUAUGGAAUGAAGCAGAUAUGGAGGUGAUUGUGGGGGACUUUGGCAUUGUUGUCGUGCCACGAGAUGGUGCCGACACAGACCGGAUCAUGAACCACUCCUCAGUACUCCGCAAGUACAAAAAUAAUAUCCUGGUUGUGAAGGAUGACGUGAAUCACCCCAUGUCUGUCGUCAGUUCAACCAAAAGCAGACUGGCUCUUCAGCACGGCGAUGGACACGUUGUGGAUUACCUGUCCCAGCCAGUCAUUGACUACAUCCUCAAGAGCCAGCUGUACCUGAAUGCCUCUGGCUAGCCCCUCCGCCCUUCCUUGGCACUGCACUGAGGCAGACCCGUCACUCAACUUUCCUGCAGUCGUUCAUCACAUUCCUUUCUCGUUUUUCUUUCUCACUGCCUCUUGCGUGCACCUGCC